GUGGCUGAAAUUCUGGCAGCAGCUGCUGCACAGCGUCUCUAACUCUGACUCUAACUCCAACUUCGACUCUAGCUCCAAUGCGAUAACACAAACAACGAAGAUGACGACGGCCACGACCGCAACCACGACCACGACCACGACGAGGAGCAGGCAGCAGCCAAUCACAAGGAUGAACACAACAACGAGUAGCAACAGCAACAGUGGCAGGAGGAGCAGCAGCAGUAGCUGUAUCAUCAGCAGCCACAACAUCAGCAGCUACAGCAUGACAUCGGCAAAAAAGUUGGCUGGGUGCGCUGAUGCUGACGAUGCUGCUGGCCACGUCCGUGAGCGGUUGGGGCGGUCGACAAGAUGCGCCCACAAAUUGCACAUUUCCGGCACGUUGGGAAGGCUCUUGGUUCCUAUCGGGCUAUCAGCAAUCCAUACACAUCAAGGGCUCACAGUUCAGCUAUCGCGGCAGGUGUGCGGCCUCCGAUGGUAACAAAUAUCUGAUAGUCGAUGAGAAAGGAUGUCAUCGUUGCCUGGUUAUCUAUGAGAAGCAUAAAAAUGUGCUCCAGUAUAAAGAAAGUGAGUGCGAAGGUGAUAGUAUGUAUAUGCAUCAGUCGAAUCCAUCUGCACUGGCGAUGCGUAGCUCUAUAAAACAAAGUGAUCAUAGGGGGGGAGCUCAUCCCAAUACGAACGGGCAUUCAAGACUAUCAUCAUCGGAUCAGUACAUAAUGAGAUCCAAUGACGAUAUGAAUGAUUACUUUUGCAAGGGCCGUGAGACUUUACAGAAUCUCUGCGAUCAAAUUCCUGGCGAUGCUCUGCUCUAUUCACUGUUCCGUGAGAGCGCUGAACCGGUCAAAUGUCCGCUAAAGGGUCCCUUUAUAUUCACAUAUAAUCGCGGCCAUGGGGAGUGCAAGUCCCCGGUGUCGAACAUUGAGAGCUGCACCGAAGAAAGCCGUCUGCUUUUGAGUUUUCAGGCUUGUCCCGACGUCCAGGGCACCGAGAGCACGGUCGAGGAGCUGACAUGCCUGGCAACCUGGAAGGAUGGCAACUCACGCUAUUUGGUCGGUCUCGUCUCCCAUCAUCAUGCCAUUUCCAAUGAGGAACGUUAUCGCUGCUUUGUUUACGAGAAAAUCUCCUCGUUGAUGGGCGGUCCCAGCAUGCUGAGCUCCAAAGAUGCCGAGUAUAAGCUGGCACAAUCCGGCGACGCCACUUGCAAUGGCUUAGACAGUGCUGAGGUUGGUUCACGUAUAAUGUCGCUGCGAAAACCGCCAGCGGCUGAGCGCUGCGAUUUUCCCGCCUGGUUCAAGGGUCCGCGACACUGGCAUGCACUUAUGGGGAACGCUGUCUACAAUUAUCAUUCCAAUGAUGGCUCUGUGCACAUUAUUAAGCCCAACGGCUACAUGGAGACACGUGCCCUUUGCGAGCAGAUAAACAAACAGACCUCAACCGAAAUGAUGGCCGUGGUACACUAUACAACCGGCUGCCAAUCGGGCUUUAUGUGCAUGAUGUUUUACCGUCGGGACACGCACGUCAUUGAGAUACAAACAGGAAAGCCGGCCUCUCGUCUAGAGGAUGCCUGUGCACCAGAUCACUUCGACUUCAAUAAGAUGGCCUACAUUACUUUGCUGGCAAGCAAUCCGGAACCGCAUAUUUGCCCCAUGGAAGGCCUGUACAAUCUGAGAGGCGCAAUUGGGCCACCCUACCUGGUCACGCGCCACAAGCGCAAUCACAAUGGCAAAUCACAUCUUGGACAUGGCCAUCACCAUCACGAGAGCAGCUCAGAUUCUGGGGAUUUUGGCCACAAGGGGCACAGUACACUGAGUUUUCGAAAUGCCGAGCGCAUGGAGCGCGACUCCUGGCAUGCCAACACUCGCGGCCUGCCGGUUCGCAGUCGACGCAAUGCACCCCAAGCACAAGCACAAGCACAACAGCAACAACAGCAGCAGCAGCAGCAGCAGCAACAGCAAGCUUUGGUUCUAAGCAGUCUCAAUAGCAACAACGACACUAGUGUGGGCUUUAUUGCUCCUCGAAGUCGACGCGAUGUACCCGGCUGUGUGACCAACUACAAUGCGCAACGACAGCUCUGGGUGGGUUGCAGUGCACCAAAUGCAAUCGAUGUGAGUCCCCUGUGCAGUGUGGACGGCGAGGAAGAGUACUCCUGCCAUGGCUCUUGGAGCGAGAAUAGCACCGUCUAUAUUAUAGCCCGACACAAGGGCACCAAGCACGGCGUCUGUAUUAGUUACAGGCCUACAGAAGGCAACUCAGCCAAGCUGGUCGUUGGCGAUGCCUGCUAUCGUGGCACACAGAAGCCGCCGGAUCAUCAUCUGGUUGCAAACCUUUCCGUUUUCGGUAAAUGCGGUGAAACGGGAUCGAGCGCUAGCACAGAUCACUUGGCCAGCUCAUUGCUAUUGUUUGCAAUGCUCACGUGGCUGACGUUGCAAAGCUGAUUUCAUAACGAACUAAACAGUUUGGGACUACACAAUAACGAUUUGUACACGGGCACCAAAGUGCCGCCGCAUAUGCAACACUAAUCCCAACAAAAAACCAAACAACUCCCAAACCAAACUCCCAUUACGAUAAACAUGUAUACAAGACACACAUUUAAGACUUAUUGUACAUUGCAUAUAUAUAUAUUGUAUGUGUAAGGCGUAAUCAAAUGAUUCAAAUUUGUUUUGCUGUAUAUAACCAAUUUGUUUAUUAUGGUCACCUCCUUUUUUGUUUAGUUCUAAGUGCUUAUAUUAAAGUCGAUAUAUUAUAUUACAAUUACAAAAAAAUGGAAAACAAUAUUAAAACGAAAGAAAAACAAAAAACAAAUAAUGGUUUGCAAUAAAGCCUUAGAGCAAGCGCUGUUUGUAUUAGGCCUAGUAAAACGCGCCUAUUGCUAAAUAUAGCGCUGAAAAUUAAAUAAUUAUAUACAUAUGCGAAAAACGCUAUUUAUUUGUAAUACAAUUAUGCAUAAAAAAAAAACAAGUUAGAAGCAGCAUGAAAACAAAAAGUUUAUGUGAAGCAUAACAAAACUACAUUAGAUACGAAUGUAAGCUAAAAGCUUUUCGUUUCGUAUGCUGAGAUAAAAGUGAAAUAGUGUUUUAUGCAUUUAUUUUUUUAUAUCAUUUCCAAAAUGUUUCCUACGACAAAAGUACACACUGAAAUACUAAAACGAAAACAACCUUCUAGUAACUACAUACACUAAAUUAGUUUUCGUAUUGUUUUCAAAAUGUAAAAACUAACAAAAGCAAAAAAACGAAACAGAAGCAGAAAAAAAGCAUGGUGUACGCGUAUAUUUUGAUGUACAGUGCAAGAUAUUACAAAAUAAGCAUAAUUAUAUACAUACAUAUAUGAAGGAUACAUAAAAUAAUAUAAAUAAAUUUUGCAUAGGAUCACAUUGGUUUCAUAAUACAUAAUUAAUACCUUGCAAAAUAAAAACAUAACUUACAUAUACAUAUUUACGGGGGCGAUUCAAUACACUUGGCUAACGAUUCAGCAAGCAUAAGUGAAUAAAUAAUGAAUGAAUGAAUGGGUUAGAUGAAGUAUUCGAUCUUCAAACUUUAUUAAGUAGCAGCACUCACGUUCAUAAUCAAUCAACUAAUUUCUAAAGACACACAACAAACAAACAACCAAACAAACAAAGACAACAAUGAAUCAGCAAGAAAUGCUAAAAUAAUUAGAGUGUUUAAGGCAAUUAAGCGGUGAUAUAGGUCUAGAAUAAACAAAGAAAAAAAAAACACAAAAACGUAAAACAACUGUAUAAAAGCUCUUAGCUCUUAUGAAAUGCGCAAGAACAACUGGCAGAGGCAAUGGAGAUAAACAAGUGUAUCCAAAGGAUUUCAGAAACUAGCAUUUUCCCUCGAGAUUACAUAGCGAUUUACAACACAAACCAUUUUUGUCCUAAUUAAAAAUGAUUAAAGAGAGUAAUUAAAGUCAAGAUCCAAUGCGGAUUACAAGUAACUAACAAUUCCGAAUCGAAAAAAAAAACGAAACCUCUUCCAGGUGCAUAAUUACACACACAUGACUAGUCGAAAUUGAAUGAAGAAAACGUUCCCGAUGAAUCCAUGUAAAUAGCGAAUGAUGUUAUGCGAAUUGAUCAGCAAAUAUAUUAAAAAUUGUACGCGGUGUAUACAUAUGUAACUAAUAUGCUAGUUAGCUAAAGAAACAAGUAUUGAGCAAAUGAAAUAAACUACUUACAUAGGCAAACGCUGGGAGAGAGCAAACAAAGUGCGCUGGCUAACUGAAUAUAAGAGUUACUUCAUAAGUACUACGUAUAAAUAUAUAUAUAUAUUUGAAAUAUAUAAACUUAACUGGAGCAUCGGACAGACAAACUAACUAUCAGAAUAUUAAACCGAAAUGCAAUUUAUAAUAAUAAAAGCAGAACACUCAAUCAUUGCAAGAACAAACAAUAGGCAAGGCACUUGAAAUCCACACUUAAAGACAGCCGACACUCCCAGGAGAAGACAAAUCAAUAAAUAGCGAGGUAUAUAUACAUGUAUAAUGGUUACAUAUGGCACUACAUAGCAGCCGUAGGCAAAGAGCAGCAAAGGGCAGUGUCGGGCAGCGGUUAAGGCAGCAAUGAUAACUAAUAUACAUAAAUAUUUUUGAGUGUACCUAUCAAUAAGUAUUUCAAUUUGUUGUCAGCUUUUAAUAAGUAAAUAUGUAAUAACAAAAAAAAAAAACAAACUAACAAUUAAA